GUGUCGGCGUGUGGGUGCUGCGAGUGCUCAGUCCGCGCGCGCCGGCCGACGCAGACGCACGCGCCGCUGCCGAGUGCCAUGUCGCGCUAGGCGCGCCCCCAUGGUGUACCCCGAGGCGUCCCGCUGGGGCGCGCCAGACGCCGCGCUCGCCCCCCUCUACGAUGACGUCUACAGAGCUGACGGAGUCCUAUCAACAGUGAACGUGGUGGAAGCGCUGCAGGAGUUCUGGCAGGUGAAGGCGGCACGAGGCGGGGGCGCGGGCAGCGGGGGCGGCGCGCUCGUCAUCUACGAGUCCGUGCCCGCCGCGCAUCCCCCCUACGUGUGCUACGUCACGCUGCCUGGAGGAGCUUGCUUUGGCAGUUUUCAGAAUUGUCCGACAAAAGCGGAGGCGCGUCGCAGCGCUGCGAAGAUCGCGCUGAUGAACAGCGUGUUCAACGAGCACGAGUCGCGGCGCAUCUCCGAGCACUUCAUCGAGAAGGCCGUGGCCGAGGCGCGCGCCUCCUUCGCGGGCGACGCCGCCGCGCACCACCAGGACCCCAGCGCUGGCAUCGCUGCCUUCAGGUUUAUGCUGGAAGCGAACAAGGGGCGGACGAUGCUGGAGUUCCAGGAGCUGAUGACGGUGUUCCAGUUGCUGCACUGGAACGGAUCGCUGCGCGCGAUGCGCGAGCGGCAGUGCUCGCGGCAGGAGGUGGUGGCGCACUACUCGGCGCGCGCGCUGGACGACGCCAUGCGCGAGCAGAUGGCGCGCGAGUGGGCGGCGCGCGAGCGCGACGCGGCGGCGGCGGGCGGCGGCGUGCUGCGCGCCGAGCUGGCGCGAGCUGAGCGCGAGCUGCGCGCCGCGCGGCUGGCGGCGCGCGAGCUGCGCUUCCCCAAGGAGAAGCGCGACAUCCUGCACCUGGCCGCCCGUCUGGCGCCGCCGCAGCAGCAACAGUGAUCUCAUCGCGUCCUCGCCACACUCACACUUUUGUUAUUUAAGUAUAGGUAUAUAGUCUAAGA